UUUUGUGGAGCUACAAUAGCGAGGAACCAAAGCAUUGCAGUUGUGCUUCAUAUUGACUAUAAGUAUUAUGAAGGAAUGAUUUAAAAGCAUGAUAUGUCCACUAAGAAUAGUUAAAUCUAAAUGUAUUACCCAGUUCAGUCGUUCAACUUUUUUUUCAGGGCUAGUGAGGAAAGGAGCAACCAUGGCACCUGGAAAAAAGAACAGAGUGUUUGUUAUCGGUGUGGGCAUGACGAAGUUUGACAAGCCUGGAGCAAGAGGGGACUAUGACUACCCUGACAUGGCCAAAGAAGCAGGUGAAAAAGCUCUUAAAGAUGCAAAGAUCCCGUAUUCGGCCAUUGAACAGGCCUGUGUAGGAUAUGUUUACGGGGACUCCACGUGUGGCCAGAGAGCGAUUUACCACAGCCUGGGUCUGACGGGAAUCCCCAUCAUCAACGUGAACAACAACUGCUCUACCGGCUCCACCGCUCUCUUCAUGGCUCGUCAGCUGAUCCAGGGAGGUCUUGCCGACUGCGUGCUUGCUCUUGGUUUUGAGAAGAUGGAGAAAGGCUCCUUGACUUCAAAGUACAUGGAUCGGACCAAUCCAAUGGACAAGCACAUGGAGGUGAUGAUCAACCGCUACGGGAUGGCAGCGGCUCCAGGAGCACCGCAGAUGUUUGGCAACGCCGGCAGGGAGCACAUGGAGAAAUACGGUACAAAACCAGAACACUUUGCCAAGAUUGCCUGGAAAAACCACAAGCAUUCCACUAAUAACCCGUAUUCCCAGUUCCAGGAUGAAUACAGCUUGGAGCAGGUGAUGAACUCCAGGAAGGUGUUUGACUUUCUCACUCUGCUGCAGUGCUGCCCAACUUCAGACGGUGCUGGAGCUGCGGUUUUGGCCAGCGAGGCCUUCGUUAGGAAGCACCACCUUGAAAACCAGGCGGUGGAGAUCGUUGCUCAGGAGAUGGUGACGGACUUUCCCUCCACGUUCAGCGAAAACAGCUGCAUUAAGAUGGUGGGGUACGACAUGUCUCGGCUGGCGGCUAAGAAGUGCUUCGAGGCCGCGGGCCUGAAGCCGGGCGACGUCGACGUGGUCGAGCUGCACGACUGCUUCUCCGCCAACGAGCUCAUCACAUAUGAGGCUCUGGGCUUAUGUGAAGAAGGUAAAGCAGGAGAACUGGUUGACAGAGGGGACAACACAUACGGAGGGAAGUUUGUGAUCAACCCCAGCGGUGGUCUCAUCUCUAAAGGACAUCCUCUCGGUGCAACAGGGUUGGCUCAGUGUGCCGAGCUCUGCUGGCAGCUGCGGGGACAGGCUGGCAGGAGGCAGGUCCCUGGAGCCAACGUGGCCCUGCAGCACAACAUCGGCCUGGGGGGAGCCGUGGUCAUCACAAUCUACAAGAUGGGGUUCCCCCAGGAGUCCAGGUAUGUCAUCGGUUCAGCAGCCAGCAGCUCCGGCGGUGGGGAUCUGAAAGGGUUUAAAGCUUAUCCCGUCUUCAAGGAGAUUGAGAACCAUCUGCUGCAGCUGGACAAAAGCAACACAUUUUGCAGCCGUUUUUUCCACAUCAUCCAACUGCAGACAUGAUUCUCCACAAGUUCAGAUUCAAAGCAAAGCACCAGUCUGGCUUCUCAGUUUAAAAAAAAAACAUUAAAGUGACGCAAGACUGAACAAAACUAGCCAUAAAUCAUCUUUAUCUUUUAAUAAGACGAAUAGAAACAUUGUAAAUUUUCCAUAUUGUUUUCCUUAUGUGUCAAUAUUACGACUUUGUUACAAAGACUAGAAAACGGCAGCAUGAAGAUGAGAAUAUGAAAAUGACUAAAUCAACAGGCGACGCAGAACGCAGAUACAAGCUGAGCAGCAACAUGUCAUGCAGUUCAGAGACGAACCACCAGAACGUUAGCCUGGCAUCACACACUGUGUGUGAUUUAUUACAGAAAGCAGGACUUUUAAACAUGAUUUAAUAUAAAUACUUCAAUGGGAGAGGGAACAUUGGUUAAUAAGUACGAAAGCAAAGUAUGACUCAUACAGCAAGCGUUUCAAAUGAACGCGGCUAAAAGUAGCAGCAGGGCAGAGAUUAGGAUGAAAACCGUCUGAGCAAAUUACUUCUAACCUAAUUUCUCACCGUUUGACGAAGGCAGAGAUAUAAAGUUGAUCAUCUUUUAUUAGUUUAUCAGACAAACCCUGGCAUCCGUUAGACCUGAACGCUUCUUAUGGAGAUGGAGUCUCUGUCAGGCCGACUUGGUGCUAAGUUACGUCUGUUUGACGUCAGGACAUAAAAAACUCGGAAGGUUUCUGCAUGGAUGUGGGUGGAUGGUCAGCCAUACGUUCACCAGGGUUACCAUAGCGAACUAGAACUAAUGAAAUGACAAAAACGGAAAUCGAGAAAACAUUUCUGGCAACUGAAAUAAAUAAAAACGCAAAUUAAUGGAGGAAACUGUUAACUAACCGGAUCUAUCUUGUGCGGUAGUAAAACUAAAAGAUACUGAAAUUAGAGUUAUAAUAAUACCUUUCCUGUUUAUGAAUCUAUUUAUUAGACUUUCGAACUGAUGUGAAAUUGAUUUUCUUUUCUCCACACAAGCAGUUUAUCAUGUGUCUGCAAAUUACGUCACUCCUUACUCCUGGCGGCUACGCUACGCAAAAUCGUGACAAUAAAAAUUUGGAGAAAGCUCCAGAUCCAGUUGGCUGUUC